GACACCCUCUUGGUGGCCUCCACGGUAUCAUCUUCAGGCUCAAAGCCGGCUCCGUGGGGGACACAGUGACAUGAGAAUCACACCACAGACCCACCUUCUGGCCUUCUCUCUCCUCUGCCUCCUCUCAAAGGUGUGUGCCCAGCUGUGCCCAACACCGUGUGUCUGCCCCUGGCCGCCACCCCGAUGCCCGCCGGGGGCGCCCCUGGUGCUGGACGGCUGCCGCUGUUGCCGGGUAUGCGCACGGCGGCUGGGGGAGCCCUGCGACCAUCUCCACGUCUGCGACCCCAGCCAGGGCCUGAUCUGCCAGCCCGGGGCAGGCCCUGGUGGCCAAGGGGCCGUGUGCCUCUGGGGAGAGGAUGAUGGGAGCUGUGAGGUGAACGGCCGCCGGUACCGAGAUGGGGAGACCUUCCAGCCCCACUGCAGGGUUCGCUGCCGCUGUGAGGAUGGUGGCUUCACCUGUGUGCCCCUGUGCAGUGAGGACGUCCGGCUGCCGACCUGGGACUGCCCGCAUCCCAGGAGGGUUGAGGUCCCGGGCAAGUGCUGUCCUGAGUGGGUGUGCGACCAGGGAGGGGGCCUGGGGGUCCAGCCCCUCCCAGCCCAAGGGCCCCAGUUUUCCGGGCUUGUUGCGCCCCCACGCCCCGGCACCCCCUGCCCAGAAUGGAGCACAGCCUGGGGCCCCUGCUCAACCACCUGCGGGCUGGGCGUGGCCACCCGGGUGUCCAACCAGAACCGCCUCUGCCGACUGGAGACCCAGCGCCGCCUGUGCCUGUCUGGGCCCUGCCCACCCGGCGGGGGCCGCAGCCCGAGGAACAGUGCCUUUUAGAGCAGGGCUGGGAACGGAGGCUCGGUGCCCACCCUGCCCAGCAGGCAGCCCUGAGGCUGGGCCCUGAGCAGAUGGCAGACGGCCCCUCCUCACCCCCUUGACUGGGGCAACCCCCUGGGGGACAAGAAUGUUCACAAGCCGUCAGGGCCAUCUGGACCCUGAGAUAGAGCUGGGAUGUAUGCCCCAGUCUCCCUUCCUCUACCUCACAGCUUAGGGGGCUGGCCAAGGUUUCCAGGGUCUUCUGGUCCGUUCCCAGCCUCCACACAGACUCCAGCAAACACAUGCACAGGCAGGCUUUCCAGCAGCCAAGGCAGCCAGCUCCCCCUUAAUCAUUAGGCCAUGGGCAGGUGCCCGGCGGGACUGGCUAUUUUUCUGGGGGUGGUGAAGAGGGGCGCACAGAUAUUCUGAAUCUCCUGCUCCCUUUCCUGGAGUUGACACAAAACUGUCCCCAGAUCCAUGCCUAUGCAAGAGCUUGUAGGUCUGGCUUGUGCUGUCUGAGAAGGCCCUCCCCAUCCAAGGGCAGGAUUCAGAGGCUGCGUUCUUUGUGGAAACCGCCAGGUGAAAUCACACCGUCUUGAAGAAAGGCAGAAAACAGGCCUGAAAGGGAUCCGUUAAACUCAACUCGUAUUAACAAGAAUGAACCUUUCACGAGCACCUGCAAUGUGCCAGGCACUGAGCUAGACGCUAUAUAGAGGUGGGUGCUUCGCAACAUUUAGGACCAGAGAAAAUCAGGGGAGAAUGAAGGCUUAGCCCCCGGGACUGGGGAACACAGCCUGAAAUAAAC